AUGGAUCCGUUAAUGGAGGAAGAAGAGUACAACUGGAGAGAAGUGAAACUCUCGUCGCUAAUACCAGUUGUGCCGGAGCUGGAACUGGAGAGAGAAACCGGAGAGAGAAGGAGAGGACGCGACAUAAUAAUCGCUGUUGAUCAUGGACCCAAUAGCAAACACGCUUUUCAUUGGGCAAUAACUCAUCUCUGCCGCCUCGCUGAUACCGUUCACCUUGUACAUGCCGUUUCCAGUUUGAAGAACCAGAUUGUUUACGAUACGACGCAGGUUCUUAUGGAGAAGCUUGCAGUGGAGGCUCUUGAGGUUGCUAUGAGGCUGGGGAAGAAUCUGUCGUGUAAUGGAGCAGGCGAAGAUGAGUAA